AGCGCCCUUUCGUCAAGACACAACGAUUCCUCUUUCGAACGCAUUGGGAGAUCGAAUUUCCAGUAACAGUUAGUAAUGGCGGACGUGAAGCUCAUCGGCUCAGCGCUAAGUCCCUACGUGCUACGAGCGAUGAUUGCUCUGAGCCUGAAGAAGUUGGAGUACGAGUUGCUGCAAGAGAAGUUCGGCGAGAAGAGCGAGUUGCUCCUCAAGUCGAAUCCCAUCUACAAGAAGAUCCCCGUCCUCAUCCACCACGACCGCCCCAUCUGCGAGUCGGCCGUCAUCGUGGACUACAUCGACGAGGUCUGGCCAAAGUCCGGCUGGGGCGCCAUCCUCCCAGCUGACGCCUAUCACCGCUCGCUCCACCGCUUCUGGACCUUCUACAUCGACGACAAGUGGUUCCCGUCGUUGGUCGCCGUGGGUAAGGCUGAAACAGAGGAAGCCAAGGCGGAGGCGGUGGAGCGGGUCCGCGCAGGGCUUCUGCUUCUGGACGAGGCCUUCGUGAAGCUGAGCGAAGGGAAGGCCUUCUUCGGCGGCGAUCGCGUUGCGUAUCUCGACGUCAUGUUCGGGUGCUUUGCGAAUUGGAUCAAGGCGGCGGAGGUGUUGGUGAGCGUUGAGCUGCUGGAUGAGGCGACGAUGCCGGCACUGCACGGGUGGGCGGUGAGGUUCCGCGAGCACGAGGCGGUGAAGGAGGUGAUGCCGGAUAGCGGGAAGGUGCUUGAGUUCUUGAAGAUUCUUCAGGCAAAGUGGAAGAAGGACGCUGCCGUCGCAAAGAAUUAGGAGAAUAAACAGAAUAUGUGAGAUCGGUGAGAAUGAAUAAGGCAACCCAUGCCCUUUUAAUUUGCUUUGAUUAAUAUUGUCUGUUUGAAUUUUUCUGGUUUGAAACAAUUUAAUAUUUGUGCUCUCCCGUCCUCACUGUACUACUACUUUUCUAAGAAAAUCAAUUAAUUUUGAUA